AUGAAAAAUGUCCAUCGGAUUAAAGCGUUUAAAGGCUUAAAGCGUUUUGCUAAUAUAGUGAGUACUUAUAAUGGGGUCUUUUAUCUAUCCGAUGAUGUUUAUGGCAAAUACACUGAUAGGGCUGCUUUAUGGAACCCUAGUGUUAGAAAGAUUAUUGCCAUUCCUGGUCCUAAUGUUACGUUUGCCUCACAUGGACCCUAUAUACACUCACUUGGGUUUGGUUUUGAUUCCACUACUGAUGAUUUUAAGUUGGUGAGUGUAGUGUAUUUGCAAGAUAGUGAUUUUAACUUUUAUGAGAUUCCGCCUUUGGUUGAGAUUUACAGUUUGAGAAGUAGGUGUUGGAGAAUGGUUCAUAAUGAUAUGAGAUAUGCCAUCCUCGAGUGCUCAACGUCUGCUUUUCUGAACGGAGCUUGUAAUUGGGUUGCCCCUAAGCGACAAAAGGGGGCUGUUGGAGGCGAUGUGAUCGUGUCGUUUGCUUUGGGAGAAGAGGUGUUUGGGGAAAUGGAGGUACCAGAUUUGUUUGAGUUGCGUGCUUGUUAUAACAAACGGUAUCGAGCUUUGUGCGCAAAACCUUGGGGUUUACAGAUGGUGUUGUCUUCAACGAAGUAUGAGAUAGAGAAGUUUGAUGGUGGAUCAAGUCUAUGGAAGGCAAUCGAGGAUAACUUUCCAAAAUGUAUGAAAGAGGCGGAGAAGGCUGAUCUAAAGGAGAGAGCCUUGAGUGCGAUUUUCAUGAGCGUAACUGAUAACAUCCUACGCGAGAUUGCCAGUGAAAGCUCAGCAUCUACGGCAUGGAAGAAAUUAUAG